AUGGUGUGGUCGACGCCAUCGGGGGAGGUCUUGAUAGACAUCGUCACAAGGCCCGGGCAGGCGGAGCACGGGCACGCGGGCGGUGGCGGCGGGGGCGGCGGCGGGGCGGGUGGCGUGGCGGGCGCGGGCGCGGCGCUGGCGUACGGCGGCAAGCCGGCGGGCGGUGCGGGCGCGGGCGUGCCGCAGCCGCGCGCGCCCGCCGCGCCCUACGCGCAGCCCUACCAGCCCGCGCAGCUACGCCUGCAUAACCCCGGCUAUGGCUCCGCUGCACUCACUUACAGGGAUGGCAGCUACGGGCGUGGCGAGUACCGCGGCGGUGGUGGUCGCGUGUCGCUGCUGGGGGGCGCGUACCUGCCGCCCCCCGCGCCCCCUGCACACCAUCCACCCCCCGCGGAUCCCCCUCCCUUCAAGAAAAUCCGCCUCAGCGCCGAGCGACCUGCCACGCAUCAUCCACAGCUGCGUGUCGAUACACGGGAGCCGGUGUACAAUAUUGUGGAGGUGCUAUCACCGAACCCGCCUUCGGAGCCUACGGUAGAAGAUCAAAGCUUCCGGACGACGAAAGAUGACUUGCUUCAGCAAAUAUCUAAGGUGGACCGCGAGAUGGCGCUGUCGGAGACGACGCUGCUGAAGCUGCGCAAGAAGGCGCGCGAGCUGGAGCAGACGGCCACCAAGCCGGCGCGCGCGCCCGAACCCGAGGAGGCGCCGCCGCGCCACCGCAGCCUGCCGCAGUGCAUCUACGCCGACAACCGCAAGAAGGCGGCGGCGGCUCACGCGGCGCUGGCGGCGCUGGGCGCGGCGGCGCGCUACCCGCUGUACAACCAGCCGCAGGACACCGAGGUCUACCACCACAACAUACGCAAGCACCGCGCCUUCCGGAAGCGCCUCGCCGAACACAUACGCAGGAUAAAACUUGAGACUGAGAAGCGAGAGGACGCGUUAGCGGAAGAGUACAGCAGAAGAGCAGCAGAGUGGAUGCGCAGGGUCGAGCGGAUAGAACAGGGACAGAAGAGGAAAACUAAGGACGCGAGAAAUCGAGAAUUCUUUGAAAAGGUGUUCCCGGAGCUGCGAAAGCAGCGCGAGGAGCGCGAGCGGUUCAACCGGCUGGGUGCGCGUGUCAAGUCAGAGGCCGAGCUGGAGGAGAUCGCGGACGGACUGCACGAGCAGGAGCACGAGGACAAGAAGAUGCGCUCGCUCACCGUGGUGCCGCCGCUGCUGCGAGACCGCGAGCGCGCGCCGCCUCCGCUUACCAACCUGCGUUGCAUGGACAUGGAGACGGAGCACAAAGAGCUGCAGAUGCGCAACGUCUGGUCCCAGGCGGAGCGCGAGCUUUUUCGUGAGAAGUACCUGCAGCACCCCAAGAACUUCGGCCAGAUCGCCUCUUUUCUACCCAGGAAGAGCGUCAGGGAUUGCGUCAGAUUUUAUUAUCUAUCGAAGAAGGCUGAAAACUACAAGCAGUUGCUCAGGAAGCCUCGGCAGCGGCGCUCCACUCGCAACCCGCCGCGGCCCGCACCCGAGCCCGAGCUGCCCUCUGGCGUGCUCACUCGCCUGCAGCGCUCGCAAGGCACAUCUGUGCGGUCGACGGAUUCGAAGGAGACGGGCGGCGAGGAGAUGACGGCCGAGCAACUCAACCUCAUCCCGGUACCGCCGCAGCCGCAACCGCAGUUGGACCAGUCGCUGGAACAAGGAGUACACAUGCAACAGGAGUUACAGUUGCAGCAGGAGCAGCAAAUGCAGCACGAUCAGCAAAUGCAACAAUGCCAACAGAUGCAACAGGAUCAGCAACUACAGCAAAUGCAGCAGGGCCCGCCGAUGCAGCAGGGUCCAUUACCAGACUCCACGCUGCAGAUUAUGCAAACCGCAGAACCAGCACAACCGCCAGAGCCUGCCAGGCCAGAAUCGAAUCGGACACCACCGUUGCCACCGUCGCCGCCGCCGGCGUCAUCCGCCCCGCCCGCGCCCGUCACGUCCACGUGCACGGCUACGGAUACGGGCACGGGCACGGGCGCGACAACGAUCGCGAGUGCGGGCACGGUGACGAUCACGGUGACGCCCGUGGCGGCUAGCCCGGCCCCAGCGAUGGGCAGCACGGCUGGUAGUAGUGCGGUGGGCAUAGCCAGCCCGGCUUCAGACGCUCCACUGCUGGUGGCCGAGCUACCGCCCGCCUCUGCAGCCGCUCCCCCGCCCGCUACAACGCCUACGUCUACGCCCUACAACGGCGUUGCCACCAGCGUCGGCGUCAUCACUACGACGUCGUCGUCGUGCGCGACUUCGUGCGCGCUGGUGCCGGGCGGGGCGGGCAGCGCGCCGCCCACGCCGCAGCCCGCGCAGCCGCCCACGCCCACGCAGCCCCCGCCCACGCCUGAACCUGCAAACGAACGAACGGGCACGCCGGCGUCGAGCAUUGCCGCUACGACGAUAACCAUCACGAGUACGGGCGCGAGUACGGGCACGGGUACGGGCGCGUGCGCGACGUGCGUGCGGGCAUGCGGGCCGGGGGCGGGCGCGGGCACGGGCGCGGGCGGGGCGGCGGGCGCGUGCGAGGCGUGUCGUGGGCGCGCGCUGCGAGCGCGCGGUGGGCGCGGUCGCUGUGCCGUGCCGGCCUGCACGGGUCGCGCCAAGCGCCUGCGCCACCUGCCGCCGCGCUGGCACGACCUUGCGCCAGACCUCAAGCGCCCUCUGCUCGACGAGUUCCAGGUGCCCAGCGAGCUGAGCAAGUGCUGUGUGGCGUGCUUCAAGCGCAUCACGCGACGGCUGGACGCGUUGGGCGACGGGCCGGCGCUUGGCGAGCCGGCCGAGGAAGAGGCGGCGCGCUUCCGGGCGCUGCUGCGAGAGCACGGCGCCGCCUGGGACCGCAUGGCGGCCGCCAGCGGGCGCUCCGCUGCCUCCCUGCGCGCCUUCUACUUCACGUUCCGCAAGCGGCUGCAGCUGGAGGCCGUGGAGGCGGGUGAGCCGGAGGCGGGCGAGGCGGAUGCAGGCAGCGGCAGCGGGGACAGCGAGGCGGGCGGGGGGCCGCCGCCGCCGCCCGCGCCUCGCACCGACGCCGCCGCGCCGCGACGCGCGCGCCGCGACGAGUACGACUCCUCCGCCACCGAAACGGCCGAUGAGGAGAACGACGCGCCCGCCGCCAAGGCAGUGGCAACGUGUGCGUCCGCACCGCUGACGGUGCGCGAUGUGGUGCUGAACAUGAUCGAGGUGAGCUUGCUCAAGAACGCGCGUCCGCCGCACCACCAACAUCACGCGCACCACGCCCCCCAUACCACUAAGGCUGCGGCGCACGAGUCGCUGGCGACGCUGACGGUGGUGGGGCCGCACUCUGCGCACGGCACGCACGCGGGUCACGCGGUGCACGGCGCGCACACGGGGCACGCGGGGCACGCGCAGCACGUGCUCGCGCACGCGCACGCGGCGCCGCGCUCGCCGCAUUCGCCGCACUCGCCGCACCGUCCCGCCACCAUCACGCCGCUGCCGCUGCCGCCGCCCGACGACCGCCUCGAUCGCCAUGACCGCCACGAGCCACUGCUCGACCUCAGCGUCAAGAGGCCGCGGCUCGACUCCUUUCCCCAUCCUAACAAACCGCCGACGUGUCGUACGCCAAAUGACUACACGUACCGUGCACCAGAGCGGGAAUCGCCCACUUUGUACAACGCAAAAGCACGGACUCCGUUGCCGGCCCGAACUCCCACAAAAGGCAACGCGAAGGGUUCCAUAACGGCCGGCACGCCUUUGGGUGAGCGCUUCGAACCCAAAGCCGGCUCAAUCACAGCUGGGACACCAGUUUUAGGACCUCAUCAUGCGCCUGACAAACGUCCCUUCGAUUCGUACUUCAAAAGAAGAAGCCCAGGUGCUUAUUAUACGCAGCCGAGGCCGCAAUCUCCGUCACAAUUUUCCGCGUCGGCGGGUGGCGCGAACGCGGCGGCGUCCGUUGCGGUGAGCGGAGCGUCGAGCGGGGCGGGCGGCGGCGGGUACCACCUGGAGCGGCGCCAGAUCAUGCUGACGGACUUCAUCACGUCGCAGCAGAUGCACGGCGCGGCGCGACGCGGUGCGGAGCCGGCGCGGCGCGAGCACGACGCGGUGUCCGUCAUCACGCGCCACUCGCACCAGCACCCGCAUCCGCACCCACAUCCGCAUUCGCACCCGCACCAGCACCCUCACCCGCAGCAGCACCAGCACGCCUACCCGCAUCCGCAUCCGCCGCCAGGUCACGAAGCAUUCACAUCACUUGUGAACGCAGCGUCAGCCGCCCCAGCGUUACCAGUACCGCGAGGGUCACAACCAGAACCGAAGCAAGACCCCAAGUUACAUCCACAGCAUACACAACAUCCACAGCAUUCACAGCAUCCACAGCAUCCGCAACAUCCGCAGCAUUCGCAGCACACACAACAUUCACAACAUCCGCAGCAUACGUUACAUACGCAGCAUCAUGAGUUAAGACAACAGAGAGAAUUCCCGCUAUCGCAAAAGUACCAACAACCAAUGCAGUAUCAGCAAGAAAGAGAUCGCCGCACACUGCAGCCACAAUACGAACCACAACGAGAACGUGCGCCAACGCAGAACAGAGAUAGGAAUAUGGUAACGAUCCAAGAACGGCACUACGUAAUCGAGCAGCAUCCACAGCAUCCGCAACAUCCGCAGCAUACGCAGCAUCCGCAGCAUACGCAGCAUCCGCAACAUCCGCAACAUACGCAGCAUCCGCAGCAACAGCAGACUCAGAUUUUGCAUGACCGACAUCAUUUGCAACACGCACAGAGUGUAGCAAGCACGGAGGAAAGAAGAACGUCGGCAGUGUACAGCGCGCCCAAACAUCGCGCGUUAGCAUCGCACAUGCUCGACAGGAAAGACCCAAGAACGACGGUGAGCUGCACGCCGAGCGUGGUGAGUUCUGUGAGCGUGAGUGCGGCGAGCAGCACUAGCAUAGCGAGUGGAGUGGGCAACGUGGGCGUGGGCAGCGUGGGUGGAGUGGGAAACGUGGGCAACGUGGGAGUGGGCGCGGUGGCGGGUGCGGCGGGCGAGGCGCGCGGGCUGCCCGUGGACGGCAAACUCACGGCCGCCUCGCUCAUCAACGCCAUCAUCACGCACCAGAUCAACCAGAACAGCGACCAACGGUUUCCGAUGCGUGACAACGAGGGCAGUGCCGUACCGUGCAGUGCGGCGGGCAGUGCUCCGCCCGCCGCCCCGCCGCCCGCCCCGCCCGCCGCCGCCUCGCCCGCCGCGCGCACACCCACGCCCGCCGAGCGGGAGCGAGAGCGCGAGCGGGAGAGAGAGCGCGAGCGAGAGAGAGAGGAGGCCAGCGCCGCGCACACCACCAGCAUCAAGCUCGGGGACCUCGCCUCCAACAUUAUUACUAGGGACUUCUGCAGCCCCACCACCUCCUUGCAACACCACAACAAUCGAUUCGCGAUAGGGUCGGAAGCGUACGGCGCGGUGUCUUGCGGUGGAAGCGUGAGCGGAGCGGGCAGCGUGGCGACGAGCGGGGCGGGCGGCGGGGCGGCAGCCGGGGCGGUGUCUGAUGACUGGCGACGCGACGCGCCCAAGCACGCGCCAUACCUCGAGCCCGUCUCACCACCUGAUACUCAUCACUCCAGAGGCGGUGGCGCACGGCGCUACAGCGGGGUGGGGGUGGGGGUGGGCGUGGGCGUGGGCGUGGCCGGCGGUGUGCUGACGGCGUACGACUACGUGACCAACCGCAUCGUAGAGGUGAUGCGCAGCGACGCGGACGAGCGCGCCAAGCCGUUGCCCUUCCCCACAGCCUACGCGUAUCCCUUCUCAGCGCUCAACGUCGCCACGGCCGCAGACGGCGCAGCGGCAGCGGCAGUUAGUGCGGCCGCGGUGUCCGCGCCGGCCGCGCCCGCGCCGCCGCCGCCGCCGGAGCCCGCGCCGCUCAUGUCUGCGCAGUACGAGCCGCUCUCCGACGAGGACUGA